AUGGGAAUUGAUGCGAAAGAUGUCGGAACUCUGUUCUGGAAAAUUCUCAUAUUUUCCACGAACACCACUUAUACAUACGUAACGAAACACCCGUUUGUUUCUAGUGUUUCUGCGUUUGUCUUCCUCUUAUACAUAUUUCUCCCUCGGCUUUUCUAUUUCAUGCUUUACUCUUCUCCGUUAAUCGCCUGCUCUGCGUUUUAUCUUCGGAACCAUCCAAGUUUCAAGCUUUUCAAUAUCAAAACGGGUGAUGAUGGCUUAUCCCCUGAUUCCCAAAAGAGAUCUGAGGAAGAAACAAGGAAGGCUGACUUAAAGCACCAACGAAGUGUUCGACGAAACGCCAGAAGAAAAGUUGAAGAGGUUGGCAAAGAUUGGGACUCAUCUCAGGCCAGCGAGGAUGAGAGAGACAAAGUCAUUUUAACAACUCUCUAUGGGGAAAUCCCCAACACUAAAAAAACUCCCAAACUUCAGAAAUUCAAGACAGACAGAGCCUUUCUUGUGUCUGAAGAUUUCUCCUUUGACCCUAGCCUGGACGAAGAAUCUCCUUCAGUGACCGAAAACGUUUCUGUUGUGGAUCCAUCCGAGAGGUUAACGAGUGGUGGUGGCGAAACCGAGAUAGAGUGUUCCUCAUCAUCAGGAGGUGAAGAAGAAACUAGCCGUGAAGACAUAAAGGUUGUAGCUUGGACUGAGAAUGAUCAGAAGAAUUUGAUGGAUUUGGGAAACUCUGAGAUGGAACGUAACAAGAGGUUAGAGCAUUUGAUUACCAGAAGAAGAAUGAGGAGAGUAGUCAAACUUGCCGCUGAGGGAAGCUUAAUGGAUAUGGAAGUUCCUCCAAUCUGUGUUGGACGAAACUAUUUCGGUUUGGAUCAAGAAAACUACAUAAUUGAUGGGAUUCAAAUGCCUGAAUCUGCACCUUCUGUGUUAUUACCAACAAAAAAUCCUUUUGAUCUUCCUUAUGGUCCACAAGAAGAGAAGCCUAACCUCUCAGGAGAUAGUUUUCAGCAAGAGUUUGCAGCCAACCCUAAUGAUAUCUUCUUCUGCCGCCAUGAAAGCUUUUGCCGCAGAGUCUUUCCACUGAAUAAUCAGUUUGAGUCGAAAUGGGAACCGUGGAAAAAAAAAUCAAUUGAUGGUUGGCCUAGAACACAUCAAGGUAGCAAUGAUGGAUUGGUUUGGGAGAAGCAUUCUCUAAUGGAAGGAAAAAAUCUAACUAGAGCAGAAGAAAAUGAUAUAGCAACAGAACACAGGACAGAGAUCGUUAUGGGUGAUUCAAACUCAAUGCUUCAUCCUGGAGAAAGGGAAAUGGAUUCUGAUGCCUCAGAUCAAGCAGACUCUUCUGGAACUUCCGGGAGGCGAAAUGGUGAUCUUCGUGUUGAAAACCCUCUAGUUGGUUUAGUUCCAAGAAACACUGGUUCGCUUUCGAGUUCAUUAGCAGCCGAAAGGCAAAGAUACAUGGAGCAUUUUGGUUACAGCUCAAGAAAAGGUCAUAAGUUAUCCGUGGAAUCUGAUCUUCAAGUUGAGUUUUCUGAAAUCGGAUCACCUCCCACUACGGUUGAUGGGAAUAAUUCUUCUGAUGAGGAGAAAUCACUCUUUGUUUACGAAUCAGACACUGGAAAGGAAACAGGCUUUAGUGGUGAUGUAAAGGAGGUGAUACAGAAGAGCAUUGUAGAUACAAUUGCAGAAUCUCAACUGUUACCUGUGGGGAAAGUUGAUCAAGAUUUCAAUGAAGCAAGUUCUUUACUUUCUCAAGAAACUUAUGUAGCCAAACAAUGUGAGGGUCUAUCUGAUGGUACAAAUGUCAAUGGAAGAUCUGAGGAAGAGGAUAGAUCCAAACACCUUCUACCGGAGAAUUCAGAGAGAGGAUCGCAUAUAUCUGAAGAGGCUAAGGUUCCUCACAUCAAUGAAGUUAUUUCGAAACAAAAACAAGAGGAGGAAUCACAGGAACUUCUCCAAAACUCAACUGACGAGAUGAAGUUAAGUAAUGACUCUGAUGAGCCUGAACCCUCUGAGGGAAGAACCAAUCAAAAAUCAGAAGAGCAUUUUGUGGAAAAUGAUGGAGGCCAAUCAACACAAGAGAUGCAAGAACUUGUGGAGCCUGAAGUUUCAAAUGUGAAUCAUGUCACAUCAGACGACUCUGCUACUUCCCCAAUAUCAGUGUUACCAGACAUGUUGUUACCUUUAGAACAGACUUAUACUCUUACUUCUGAGAGCUUGGAACAUACAUCAGAUAGUCAACCGCAACCUGUAAUUCCAUAUAUGGAAUCUCCUCAGAAUCAAUCAGGUGGUGACAGUAACAGUUUAGAAACAGAGGAACAAGCUGAGGCAAGAAGUGAGGAAGCUACAGAGGAAGAAUCAUCUUCAGAUGCAGUAUAGAAAGUAUAUUAAUUAGCUAAAUGUCAGAUUUAUCCUAUAGUUGAAGAUAAUUGCAUUGGAAUUUGAUUCAGUGCAGUUGAGUGAGUGGUCAUCAAU